CUGUCUUCACAUUCUACAUUAUCUUGUCAUCUCAUCAAAAUGUCCAUAUCUUGGGAGUUAGCUUCUCAUGAGUCAUUGUUGAUUUAUUUUUGUUGGAGAAACUGAUUAUUUCUAUAAACAGAUAGUGUUUUCAAAGGAUAUUGGUAAAGAAGUGGCAUCUUAUGCACACAAGCACAUUUGUUUUGAGCAGUCAAUAUUGUCAGUUUUUCCUCCUGGGCGGCCCUGCAUGCCUGGGCCUUGACUAGACACGUUACUGUUAUUCUUUGUUGAUAGUGUAUUCCUGUGUUUUCAUGGAGUCCUUAGCAGUCGUUGAUAAGAAGACACUUAAUACUAAUACGGUAGUGAUUAAGCCUUUGUAUCGGGAUAUAGUCAGUAAAGAUUUGUGUGUGUGAAUUAAUUCUCACCUAGAUUGACUCUGGUGAUGGUACGGUUAGAAUAGAUCGGAAAUUACCAGGAGACGACUUCAUGACUUAACCGAGUGGGAUCUAAUGUCAAGGCUGAGUCGAGGGAGACACACUGUGACUGACGGGUAGGAGAGGAAUAUUGCAUUUUGGGAUAAUCAAGACGAGACAACCGGAUCAAUACAAACGCUAGCAUCAUAUUGCAGUGUUGCAUCAUGGAUUUUUUUUGCCUCUCUUACUUUGAGCUGUAGAUGUGCAUUAGAUAUUUGAGGACUUUGAGAAGUGAAGCUUGAUGUGACCAGGAUACCUCCGAAUGCUGUUAACUGCAUCUUCUUUGAUGUCUCUCUACUUGAACAAAAACUGAGUUCUGUUGUGCACUGGUUGAACAAUCUCAAUGAAGUUCCACAUGAAGAUGGGUUGUGGUCGAAGCAAGACGAUGUCAAUGCAUGACACCAACGGUGAACAAGAGCAAGAUAUGUACUCCAAGAGUGCCGAGCAAAAGAUACACAGAGAUUCCGAUGAGAAAUCUCACUCGCACUAUCGGCACCACAAAAAGAAAGAGUCACCAGGAAAUGAGACGCCCUUGUCGUGGGACAAAGGAUCCAACUACGACACGAUAUCAAAUCAAACGUUAUUUAGUAUGAACAGUGUAAACCAAAAAAUUAGUGUCACGUCGAGCUUGGGUAGUGUCGAAUCUGGGCUACGGCCGGAUAAUUGGCAGACAACGGACAAUGCUCAGAAUAAAAAGGAGUUUUCAUCGCCAAGUAAAGAUGAUAAACAGGGAACACAAACCAAGACAGCUUUUAAAGACAAGGUUUCAAACACUGGGCCGUUGCAUUCUAAUACUUCUAACAAAGCACAGGAUAGACGAAAUAUAUCAGAUAGUCAGCUAGAGUUCUUCCGAUUAUUAGAUGAAAAAAUUGAACGGGGAGGUAGUGAGUAUAUAUCAGAUGAAGAAUCAUAGCAUCUUGGUCGAUUGGCAGCACCGGACAGUUGGAAAUGUCGCUGGUGAUAGAUCAGAUGGAGGUGCUGAGAGUAUCGUGGAACUUGAUUGUGGAAGGACCUGAAAGUCUGGAAAUUAGUCCUCAGUCUGGCAAUCGUGGUAAUGUCAGUGGCAAAGGAUGGAUGAAUGUCAGAGAUUGGAUUGACAAUCUGUGUUUCUUUGAUCGAGAUAGGAAGGUGCAAUGCUGUUUGGGAUUCGACAGAAUGGAGAGACACCUGUAGAGCUGGUUUUCAGUAUGCUCGGUGCGGACAACCUGUUUAAUUUUCAGUACAAAAGAAUUGAAAAUGUUGAGAAUGUUCAAAAAAUGGAGCCGCUGUGUCAGGUCCUGCCCCAAACUUUUGGCCAAACCAAUUCCGGUGUAGGCCUACAUUUUAACUCCACCCUUUCAAACUCAGUUUUAGUACUGUGCCACUGUGGCUCACUCUCCCAGGAUGGGUGGAUGCAAAAAUCAUGAUCGUGAAAAAUAUGUUUUUCAUUGACAUCUGUGGGGUAUUGAAGUGCCCAGCACCUGCUCCGACCUGCGAAGACUUGAAUGCCACUGGCAAGCAGUGCUGUGAUCAACUGAAAUGUAUGCAGGUACAUUUUUUAAUUAUGUGUAAAUUGUAAAUAAGUACUGUACAUUCUGAUUCAAGCUGACUUGGCUCAAUUUGUGUACUUGCUAUAGUGCGUAAUACGCAAUCUUUUGUCAAAGUUGGUUUGGAUAUAUCUGUAUACUAGUAAUUUAUGAUAAAUUCUUCACCCAAAAGUUCCACUGUUUGUAUUAGGGUCGUCAAGAUUGUGGUUUUCCCCCGAUACCCAAUCCUUUACUUUGUAUAAAAUCGUGGUGGGUGUGCAGUUUUUGAAAAUAAACUAAAAACAAAAAAGUUCAAGUGUCCUCGUAGUAACUCAAGAUUUUCUACGAUGUUAUCAGUAUUAUAAUCAGUUCUUGUACAUGUAUCGUAGCGUAAAUUAUUAUGUAAACUAGUCACUCGAUCAGAACGGUGUGGAUUCGUUUCAAAUUUUGAAUACAGCUGGUUUACCGGUGUAUCAUGUACAAGUACAUGUACCGUAGUUAGUUGUAAUCACAUGUUAAAGCUAGUGGUAAAAUACUAUGAUUAUAAAGUCAUGUCUUGUGUCAAAUUGUAAUGCCACAGGGCAGGUUGUUUCGUACAUGGUGGAUCAGGUAUCGGUUUAAGAGUGCCCGGGCAGUUCUGCCGAAGCACACGUCAGGUCAACCGAUCCUUUACCCACCCUUUAAGUCCUUUCUUGUCUGUAUCUAGUCAAUACUGUAAAACCUGAAAAUGUUGAUGACUCGAACUUGAAUCGAGGCGUUAAAUUAGGACCCAAGGAUUGGCUGUGAAUCACUGACAGGAUUUGGGGUAGACACACAGGCAUCGAUUGCAUGCAUUAGGAUUGAUCUAAGUUACUGAUCAGAUCGGGUCAGGAAUCCUUUUCUUCGAGGAAUGGGACAUCAGGACAGCAAAUUGUUCAGGUUUUCAGUAUCAAAGUCAUCUAUAUUUCUAUUCUAGUGAUCUCUUUACAAUGUUUUAUUAUUCCCUUUGAAUUAUGUUCAUUUAUGUUGAAUUAUGUUUAAUCAUUCUUUAUGUUGAAAUCAUAUACAUACAAUAUGAGAUAUCCAAUUGUUAUCAAUUCUGUAUAAAAGAUUGAAUCUAUUCACAGGCAAUUGAUUGAUAUCGAUUGUGUACUGCAGCAUUGGUAGCAACAUAUAAUUGGUAUGACAUCAUCUGCCUGUGAAAUUUUCAUCCACUCUUUGUAAAUAUUAUGCUCAGUGUACACUGGCUUCAAAAGUACUGUUUUCUGCAACCAUGAUCUGUGAUGCUCUAAAAUAGAUAAGAAAAUGGAGUAAAAAAACUGCCAACCAGGGUCCUCAUGGUUGUAGAAAACAAAUGUUGUCACUAACACUGACGUUAAUUUAGCGUUAUCUCCUUCAGUUAACACAUGUAUUUAAUACUAAGUUAAAUUAACUUUAGCAUUAGUGACAAAACUUGUUUUAAACAACUGGGCCCCGACUUCAUGUACAUGUCAUAAUGUUGCUGCGUGAGAAUGAGAGUGACAUAUUCAUGCAGUUUGGUCCUGGUGACAAUGAGUGCUGCCAUGCAGCUUUACAUUUUACUGUGUCUGCUCCUCCAGUUUCUAUAUGAGGACAGUCUCCUCCAAGUGUGUCUGUCCUCACCAGAGACGAACCUGUCUAAUAGGCACGAGGACACUCUCAUCCAGGGAAUGUUGUCUUGUCCUUAAAAUAGUCUUGUCUCCGCACUCCUCCAAUAGCUAGAGUGGUUUCACGUGACAUCGUCGCCUGCCACACUGGAGGAACAGACAAAAGAGAGCAAGCCAAAAUGACCAUGACUGCAUUUGAUUCAGUUGAUUAAGUCAGGCAUGAUAAAUCAUUGUUUUGCUGGCUGUGAAAACACUGAGCAUUGAGGGAAGAGACAUUCAACUUAUGUGGUUUUCCCUCUUAAUUUCCUUGGACAUUAAUUAUGAUGACAGUCCUCUCCAGGUGGGAUUCAAACCAUCUCUAAAAGAACAGUAUCCUCCAAUUGUAAACAUCGAUUAGACAUGCUUCGAAUGCAGGUGUCCUCCAAGUGGGUGUUGGGCUUUUGUUGAGACAUCUGUCUCAAAUAGACAUGAGGACAAUCCUGGGAAUAUUAUAUCCAGAAAGUCAUGCGUCUCCUCCAGUUUUGAACGUGUUGCGAGACACUUGUCUUAUGUCCUAAUUGUGUCAAUCAGUACUGCCAAGUGUUCUUUAACUCUUAGAGAUAUAAACCCAAGUUGUCCAUAUUGAUAUGGUAUUGUAAGUUGUCAAAUCGAGCGUAAAUACAUUCUGUCAAAAUGUUAUUUUUCAA